AUGAUUCCCAUAUGUCCAGUAGUCUCCUUCACCUAUGUGCCCAGCCGGCUUGGUGAAGAUGCCAAAAUGGCUACCGGCAAUUACUUUGGAUUUACCCAUGGAGCCGCCGCCCAAUACAGCCAGCAGCCAGGUGCCGGGCUGGCCUACACGCACCCCACCACGGUGGCCAGCUACACCGUUCACCAGGCGCCCGUGGCGGCGCACACGGUGGCGGCGGCCUACGCGCCCACGGCGGCCACGGUGGCUGUGGCUCGGCCCGCGCCCGUCGCCGUGGCAGCCGCGACCGCCGCCGCCUACGGAGGAUACCAGCCCACGCACCCCACCACCGACUACGGCUACCCACAGCGGCAGGCCGAGAUCCCCCCCCCACCACCUCCAGUCACCUCCCAGAACUACCAGGACACCUACUCCUACGUGCGGUCCACGGCUCCCGCUGUGGCCUAUGACAGUAAACAGUACUACCAGCAGUCCACUGCUACAGCAGCUGCUGCGGCCGCCGCCGCAGCCGCCCAGUCGCAGCCCAGCGUGGCAGAUUCCUAUUACCAGACAGCUCCCAAAACGGGCUACAGCCAGGGCGUGACGUCCUACACACAGACGCAGCACACUCGGCAGGUGACGGUGAUAAAGCCGGCCGCUCCCAGCCCGGCUUCCUCCACGUUCUCCAUCUACCCCGUCACCUCCACGGUCCAGCCGGUGGCCGCCGCCGCCUCUGUGGUCCCCUCCUACUCCCAGAGCCCCACUUACAGCACUAAUGCUGUCACCUACUCCGGCCCUUCUUACUCCGGCUACGAGGCAGCAGUGUACUCGGCCGCCUCCAACUACUACCAGCAGCAGCAGCAGCAGCAACAGCAGCAGCAGCAGCAGAAGCAGGCGGUGGCGGCCGUGGCUGCUACGGCAGCCUGGACGGGGAACUCCUUCAACAAGAAGCCGCUAUUCCAGAGCAAGCCGCUCCGGCCCAAGCAACCGCCCAAACCUCCACAGAUACACUACUGCGACGUCUGCAAGAUCAGCUGCGCCGGCCCACAGACGUACAAAGAGCACCUGGAAGGGCAGAAGCACAAGAAGAAGGAGGCGGCGCUGAAGGUCUCGCAGAGCAGCAGCAGCAGCAGCGGGGGGGGAGGCGUGCUGGCCCGCAGCGCUCAGAACCAGCUCCGCUGUGAACUCUGCGACGUCUCGUGCACCGGCGCCGAUGCCUAUGCUGCCCACAUCCGCGGAGCCAAGCACCAGAAGGUCGUGAAGCUGCACACUAAACUGGGAAAGCCCAUCCCCUCCACAGAACCUAGCAUGACCUCUCAGACCUCAUCCUCCGUCACAACUGCCCCCAGCAAGACCACCACAGCUACCCUGAGCAGCAGCUCCGCCUGCCCCUCAACCACCUCCUCCCCCGCCACCAGCGCCGGCACCUCCUACCUGAAGUCCGUUAGCAUCGUGGGCAGUGGAGCGACGGGGGUGAAGAGCCCGCUGGCCAGCAGUCUCUCCACCGCUAGCUCUGCCUCCAUUGCCAAGAAGAUAAACGCCCCCAAGAUCAAUUUUGUGGGUGGAAAUAAAUUGCAGACCUCAACAAAGAUGGAAGAGAGUAAGGCCGAAGCCAAAGCGGAAACUUCUAAGCCUGCAGCCCCUUUGCUAAGUUCGCAGGAGAAGCCUGAGGUUUCUGAUCCUCUGUCCACAUCAGCCCUGGCUGCAAUGCAGAGCGACGUGCAGCCGGUUGGUCACGACUACGUAGAGGAAGUCAGGAACGAUGAAGGCAAAGUCAUCCGUUUCCACUGUAAGCUAUGUGAAUGUAGUUUCAAUGACCCAAACGCAAAGGAGAUGCAUCUCAAAGGACGCAGGCAUCGCUUACAGUACAAGAAAAAGGUGAACCCCGAUUUGCAGGUGGAGGUCAAGCCCAGCAUUCGAGCCAGAAAAAUUCAGGAGGAGAAGAUGAGAAAGCAGAUGCAAAAAGAAGAAUACUGGAGACGAAGAGAGGAGGAGGAGCGCUGGAGAAUGGAGAUGAGGCGUUAUGAGGAAGACAUGUACUGGAGACGGAUGGAGGAGGAGCAGCAUCACUGGGAUGAUCGGCAUCGCAUGCCCGACGGGGGGUAUCCUCAGGGACCCCCCGGCCCUCCUGGUCUGCUGGGAGUCCGGCCCGGCAUGCCUGGCCUGCAGCCGCACGGCCCCAUGCCUCCACGGCGUCCCGACUCCUCCGAUGACCGCUAUGUCAUGACCAAGCAUGCGGCCAUUUACCCCUCAGAGGACGAGCUCCACUCCAUCCAGAAGAUUGUGUCCAUCACGGAACGUGCCCUCAAACUGGUGUCCGACAUUAUCACCGACCAGGAAAACGUCAGCGAAGAGGACAAAGAGAAGAAAGAACCGGUCAAAGACAGAGCCCUCAAGGGGGUGAUGAGGGUCGGGGUCCUGGCUAAAGGCUUGCUGCUUCGCGGGGACAAGAAUGUCAGCCUGGUCCUCCUCUGCUCCGAGAAGCCCACCAAGAGCCUCCUCAGCUGCAUUGUGGAGCAUCUGCCCAAGCAACUAACAAUGGUUACGCCAGAAAAGUAUGAGGUAAAGGGUUCUGUUCAGGAAGCGGCCAUCAUUCUGACGUCGUGCAGCGAGCCAAAGAUGCAAGUGACCAUCACGCUGACCUCACCUGUCAUCAGAGAGGAAAAUAGCGGUGAAGGAGAUGUAACCUCGGGUAUGGUGAAAGACCCAGCGGACGUCUUGGACAGGCAAAAAUGCCUUGACGCUCUGGCUGCUCUGCGCCACGCUAAGUGGUUCCAGGCUAGAGCCAACGGACUUCAGUCCUGCGUGAUCGCCAUCCGGAUACUGAGAGACCUCUGUCAGCGGGUUCCCACGUGGUCGUCUUUUCCGGGAUGGGCCAUGGAGCUGCUGGUGGAGAAGGCCAUCAGUAGCGCCGCCGCCCCCCUCAGCCCGGGCGACGCCCUCAGACGCGUCUUUGAGUGCAUCUCUUCUGGGAUUUUACUCUCUGGUGGACCAGGAUUGUUGGAUCCGUGUGAAAAGAGGCCCAUAGACACCCUGGCCUCUAUGGGAGAGCAACAGAGAGAGGACAUCACAUCCAGCGCACAGUUCGCCCUGAGGCUCCUGGCAUUCCGGCAGAUCUACAAGGUCCUGGGCAUGGACCCCCUCCCCCAGAUGAACCCCCGCUUCAGCGUGCGCAACAGCCGCAAGCGUCGCCGCGACAACAGCGAUGGCGGUGAUGGCUUCGAGGGGGGGGAGGGCAAGAAAGACAAGAAAGACCCCGAGAGCGCCUGA